CUUUUUUGUGCUUCCGUAUCUGCAUGUAAUACAUCUGACGAGGGCUGGAGGUGGUCCUCUGCUCUCCUUUAUUCAUGUGUGAGAUGUAGAUACAAGCCCUGCCAAAAAGUGAAGGAGAAAUGUUUAAAUGGGUUCAAAUUCUACGCGAGUAAAAAUGGUGACACAGUGCAGUCUGACAAUGAAUGUGCAAGUGGUGUUAAUUGUGCAGAGGGUUGAGUGUGUGUGUGUGUGGGGGUUUAAGGAUGUGAGAACGAGGGGUGUUUGACUUAGUGGGAAAAUGGAGUGCGUGUGUGUGUGUGCAUGUGCUGCUGGGGGAGGGAGUGAUUAUGGUGUGUGCCUGCCUCACUGAACCCCUCUGGCAGAGAGAGAGAGAGAGAGAGAGAGGCAGAGAGAGAGAGAGAGAGACAGAGAGCCCAGCAGAGAGGAGGCGGGUCGCGUGUGCGCUCUUGUGAGUGUAUGAGCAGAGGAUGUUAAACCCUCUGGAAUGAAGAGGACGACUGAUCAGAGAGAGCAGCUCAAAAAUGGAACCGCGGCGAGAUGGCGUGAAGAGGACCAGCGCUGCGCCGGCUGUGGAUUGGACGGAUUCAGAAGCGAAAGCUUGUUAGGUUCAGAUGUUUGAGGAUUGAGAAGAAGCCUCGGCAUCUGUUCUGUGUGUCGGCAAGUUUAAACUAGAACUACACAGACCCUCCGAGGAUCUGAACCCGCCAUCUGGAGCUCAAAUCCUCACCGCUUUUGUUUUUUUUGGGGGGGGGACAAAGGUUAAGGAAAGGUUUGUGCGAGGAGGGGGGGGGGGCGAAGACACGAUGAUGGCGUUCCGUGUGAGCCGCUGAGACUCUCUGACCUCAGCGCCUCUGCUCCACCGCUGGAGAUCAGAGAGGUCACCGGCUGAGCAGACCGACACAAGCAUCCAGCCAUGCUGUGUGGUCUGAGGAGAGACACCAGGAACAGCAUUGAUGAGGGGCCGUACUCCAAGGGGAGCAAGGAGGCCGGGGGAGCUGACCAAUCGCAUUCGUCCUACAGGCGCAGCUUCUCAGCUGAGGAGCACCGAGGAGUGACCACGGUGGACCUGAUGAAGAGGGAAGGCAGCAGCCUCGGCCUCACCAUCUCCGGGGGCUCCGACAAGGACGGAAAGCCCCGAGUGUCCAACCUGCGGCCCGGCGGGCUGGCUGCCAGGAGUGACCAGCUGAACGUAGGAGACUACAUCAAGUCGGUGAACGGCAUCAACCUGUCGAAGCUCCGCCACGAUGAGAUCAUCAGCCUGCUGAAGAACAUCGGGGAGCGGGUGGUGCUGGAGGUGGAGUAUGAGUUGCCCCCAUUCGUCCAGAACCCCUCAGGCCUCUCCACCAAAACCAUCGAGGUGUGUUUACACAAGGAGGGAAACAGCUUCGGCUUCGUCAUGAGAGGAGGUUUCCACGAGGACUGGCGCAGGUCUCGUCCUCUGGUGGUGACGUACGUCCGGCCCGGAGGUCCGGCCGACAGAGAGGGAACCCUGAGGGCCGGAGACCGCGUGCUCAGCGUCGACGGGAUGCCUUUCAACAGGGAGAAGCACGCCGACGCUCUGACCGUGCUGAUGCAGAGCGGCCAGGAGGCUCUGUUCCUGAUCGAGUACGACGUCUCUGUCAUGGACGCGGUGCAGCAGGCCUCGGGCCCCCUGCUGGUGGAGAUAGCGAAGGGCCCCUCGGCCGCCUUGGGGAUCAUCCUCACCACGGCAACGUACCGCAGCAAGCAAGUCAUCAUCAUCGACAAGAUCAAACCAGCCAGCGUGGUGGAAAGAUGUGGCGCUCUGCACGCGGGCGACAUCCUGCUGUCGAUCGACGGGACCAGCGCGGAGCACUGCUCCCUGAUGGAGGCCACGCAGCUGCUCGCCAGCACCUGCGACCUCGUGAGGCUGGAGAUCCUGCCGGCCAGUCAGGGCAGACUUCCUGUCAGGCCGCAAGACACGGUCAAGGUGCAGAAGAGCAACCAUCACCACUGGGACCAGAGCACCAACUACUGCCCCCCCCCACAUGGCGGCCACGGCAAGACAUGGAGCAGCCCGAGCCACCCACACAACCAGCAGGACCACUGCAAGCCGGCGGCGGCGAGCGGGGGCUUCUCUCCCUCCUCCACGGCCACCUCGGGCUUCAGCAGCCAGGGGAGCAGCACGCUGCCGUGCCCCGUCCCCCCCGUGGCCCCCACCAGCCCGCGGGGCUCCACGGCCAAGAGGAGGAACAAGAAGAAGGACCACAAGAGCUCACUGUCUCUGGUGUCCAGCUCAGUCGGCCCGGGGGGGCAGGUCUUCCACGUGGAGACGAGCGAGGUCUUCCUGAGGGGGGAUCCGCUCACGGGCUUCGGGAUCCAGCUGCAGGGGGGCGUCUUCGCCACGGAGAGCCUGUCCGCUCCCCCGGUCAUCCGCUUCAUCGAGCCCGACAGCCCGGCCGAGAGCUGCGGGGUGCUGCAGGUUGGGGACAGACUUUUGUCCAUCAAUGGGAUCCCCACUGAAGACGGCACUCUGGAAGAAGCCCACCAGCUGCUCAGAGACUCCGCUCUGGCCCACAAGGUCACAGUGGAGAUUGAGUUUGACGUUGCAGAGUCUGUGGUUCCCAGCAGCGGCACCUUCCACGUGAAACUCCCCAAGAGGAGAGAGGUGGAGCUGGGCAUCACCAUCAGCGCAAGUAAGAAACCCGGCAAGCCGCUCAUCAUCUCUGACAUCCGCAAAGGAAGCAUAGCUCACAGAACAGGCACUCUGGAGCCCGGGGACCGGCUGCUGGCCAUCGACAGCGUGCGCCUGGAGAACUGCUCCAUGGAGGACGCCAUGCACUUCCUGCAGCAGGCCGAGGACAUGGUCAAACUCCGGAUCCAGAAAGACGAGGACAACAUCGACGAGCUGGAGAUGUCGGGCUCCAUUAUCUACACGGUGGAGCUGAAGCGGUACAACGGACCUCUGGGCAUCACCAUCUCCGGCACGGAGGAGCCCUUUGACCCCAUCGUCAUUUCUGGCCUCACCAGGAAAGGCCUCGCAGAGAGGACCGGGGCCAUCCACGUAGGGGACCGAGUCCUGGCCAUCAACGGGGUCAGUCUGAAAGGAAAGCCGCUGAGCGAGGCCAUCCACCUGCUGCAGGUGGCCGGGGAGUCCGUCACCCUCAAGAUAAAGAAACGAGCCGACCAGUUGGACGGCCGGCGGCCCGCGGACCGAGGGGGGGGCUUUGCGAGCGACCUGGACGACAACGACCUCCUCCUCGCCGACUCGCGCAAGACCAGCAAGCCCUUGGGGGCGUACUCGGCCGCCGUGCCCAGCGUCGACUCCGCCGUGAGCUCCUGGGACAGCUCGGGGUUCGACGCGGGCUACCUCAGCCAAGGUGAGGCCCGCCGCGCGGCGCCGCCCUCCGCGAGCGACCCGUUUCCCGCCUCGCCUCCGGUGAGGUCGGUGUGUUUCCGUGGUUCCUCAGGGGCGUACCUCCACAAAGCGUCGGAGGCGCUGCUCAACCCGACGGACUGGCGCCGCGCCGAUCCCAGGGGCCAAGCCGGCGCCGCGGGUCUGGUCCACCGGGCGGCGCUGUACGACGGGAGGAUGAGCGAGGACGAGUGGGACAAGAUACCCGGAUCCGUCAGCCCUCCUCGUUGCCAUGGCAGCCUGAACCAGGAAGACAGCUUCUGGUCCCAGGCUCUGCAGGACCUCGAGACCUGCGGCCAGUCGGAGAUUCUCAGGGAGCUGGAGGCGUCCAUGACUGGUAGCGCUCUCAGUCUGUACCUCGAGGAAACCAACACCAACGACGACUCCAUGUUUCAGCCCGAGAUCAGUCCCGUCAAGAGGGAGGGCCUCAACGGCAACCUCAACCCGUCGACCCGAGGCGGAGACGCGCCGUCCCGGGGACGAGGGGACACCUCCGACGCGUCGUCCCCCACUGCUCUGGCCUUGCACAAGGUGACGAUGAGGAAGGACGUGGAGAGCCGUGACUUUGGGUUCAGUGUGUCCGAUGGGCUGCUGGAGAAAGGUGUUUACGUCAACAUGAUCCGCCCCGAGGGCCCCGCAGACCAGGGGGGGUUAAAACCCUUCGACCGGAUUCUGCAGGUGAACCGGGUCCGGACCAGGGACCUAGACUGCUGUCUCACGGUGCCGCUGAUCAUUGAGGCGGGCCACGUCCUGGACUUGGUCAUCAGCAGGAACCCUCUGGCGGCGGCCGACUACUGCGACGGCCACUUGAACUCACUGUUCUGCUUCCCGGAGCACAGGACCAACGGCGUCGCCCUGUAACCCUUCCCCCCCCAGCACACACACACACACACACACACACACUGGUUACGUUUGACAUGGUGACUGUCUGACAAGCCAUCACGCUCACGGCGAGCAUCCUCUCCGAAACGCCCACGAAGCUACAGAAGUGCACGUUGCUCGCUGCUUCCCGGUUUUAGUCACUGUGUUCACAUGAGUCCCCCCCCCCCCCCCCACUUCACUGCCGCCACUCUUUCCUCUCCAGGCAGGGCCACAUGCAGGGUUAUAUAACAAGGGGAGUCAUAGCUUCUGCCUGAGCCAGGAUGUCAAUGCCUCAGAGUCCAAUGCUGCACACACACACACACACACACACACUCACACUGUGCACAAAUCUGUACCAUAUUUUUGUUUCAAUGAGUUUGAUGCUCAUUGUGGAAAGAACAUGUUGUUUUUUUACACACAUAAAAUUGGACAUGCAAUUCUUGAAUGAAACACACACACACACGUAUGUGCACACAGGCUGCUGGUAGGCUCGAGGUCCCGGAGCUUUGUGCAUAUUCCCGUUAUUACAGUGCGAUGAGCUGCAUUCCUUCACCUCUGAAGACCACGAGUCGUUGUGGAGAGACACUUUCCCCUUUUCUGUUUUAAAGUGGGCAACCCUUGACGGGUCAGUAGUUUGUUGAUCGUUCCAGAGAGACUCCGGAGGUAUGUUGUAUUUUCACUUUGUUUUGUUUUUCACUUUUUCUUACACUCCAUUUGCACAUGACGCACAGUUUUAUCUAUUUUUUGGUCACAGUUCGUAUCUCACUCCCCCCCCCCCCCUGUGUCACUGUUUUUAUCUGCAUCACACCGGAAUGACUUAUGGUUGUUAAGUGAAUUGCAUCCUCACCCAAAGGAUGAAAUGCCUUUUGUAAUGUUCGCUGUGAACGGUGUUGUUUUCGCUGUCUGGGCCGAUGUUUUCUCUCUGGAGUAUUUUCCCCUCUGACAUCAAGUAGCGUGCUUGGUUCUUCCUUAUAACUAAACCGAACCGGGAGUAGUCUUAUGUUUUGCUCCAAAAUGAUCUUUUGAGUGCCAUUUUUUUUUUCUCCAUGUGUUUUUAUGACUGUUUUGUGAAUCAAAGCUGUCCUGCUGAUCCAGCGGCCUGAGACAGAUGCUUCCUCUGUCCUCGUUAGAGCAGACUGAUUCAUCCUUGGGGCCAGUGACCUUUUUUGUCUUUAAAAUGUCAUGUUGGAAAAGAGGCCUAUUUUAAGGCUUUUUUAAAUAAAUAAAUAUAUAUAUAUAUAUAUAUAUAUAUAUAUAUAUAUAUAUAUAUAUAUAUAUAUAUAUAUAUAUAUAUAUAUAUACACACUGUCUUUAUCUAGCUGUAUCAUGGAUCUGCAGUGAUUAUUUUUUUUUUAAUUUACAAUAAAGGCACAUUUAGGGUCAUAUCUUGUGUAAGCUGUGUGAUACUGAAUGUGGCCGCACAUUGUUUGGUUAAUUUCCACAUUCUUGGUAAAUGUCAGGAAUUCUUCAUUAUUUAUUGGAAACAUUUUAUUUUUGUUAUUUAAUUUAUUAUACAUUAAAUGUAUUUCUUAUGAGAAUAAAGUUCAUGAAACCAUA